AUGUGUGAUAAAAACAAAAUCUGCGGUCGAAAUUACGGCGGUCGAAAUUACGGCGGUAUUACAUGCGAGUCGUGUAAAAAGUUUUUCUUUCGAAAUGCGCUCAACAAUAAGACGUUUGUAUGUCCGUCGGGUGGCAGAUGUAAAAUAACCCCGGUCACUAGAAAGUAUUGCCAAAAAUGUCGGAUUGAAAGGUGUUUUAGCAUCGGAAUGAAAAAGGAAUAUUUGAAAACCUAUGAGACUAUAGACAGGGAUGUAGUGGUUGUCGAUAAUGAGACCAAUGAAGACGUGAUACAAAUCAGUGAUAACUCCGUGGACUCGUCGCUGAUAACUGAGUCAAUAAAUGAAUCGCAACUUAAUUGUGAAAAUUAUAGCAAAGAAUUUGAAGGUUUAAAUGAGUUGGAGUGCAAUCGGAUCAGUGAACUCAUGAGGGCAUCCAACGUAUUUCACUCCGGGUUUAGUCAAACUACACCUAUUUAUGCGACCAACAUCCGGGAUGAGUUAAACAAACUAUUUUUGCCCCGAACCGAUCCAUACAUUAAAAGUGUUUUUGAAAGGAUUCACAAAUAUCUGUCCGGAAGACCAGUUGUUACUUAUAAAGGACUGCUGUUUCCAACCUAUUAUGACUCCGAGACCAAACAAUUUACUAUACAUCUUUUGAUGGCGAUUAUCAUUUUUAAUCCCAACCGACCGCAUCUCAUCCAUAGGCAUAAUGUUAAACUGGAGCAACAGUUCCUCAUAUUCCCUAACAACGAACCUAACGGUAUCCCCCCAUAA